GGGCCGCAACAGCGCUAUGGAGGCGGCGGGUCCCUUCCGGGCCAGCGAGCACCAGCACGCUCGCUACAACCCGCUGCGGGCCGACUGGGUGCUGGUGUCGGCGCACCGCGUCCAGCGCCCCUGGCAGGGGCAGGUGGAGAAGCCGCCGGCCGAGGACGUGCCCCGCUGGGACCCCGGCAACCCGCUGUGCCCCGGCGCCCGGCGGGCCAGCGGCGAGGUGAACCCCCCGUACGAGAGCACCUUCGUCUUCCCCAACGACUUCCCCGCGCUCCAGCCGGACGCCCCCGAGCCUGGUGGCAGCGACCACCCGCUGUUCCGCGCCGCGGCCGCCCGGGGAGUGUGCAAGGUGAUGUGCUUCCACCCCCGGUCGGAUCUGACGCUGCCCCUCAUGUCUCUGGCCGAGAUCCGGGCCGUGGUCGACAAGUGGGCCGAGCUCGCGGCGGAGCUGGGCGCCGCGUACCCCUGGGUGCAGAUCUUCGAGAACAAGGGAGCCAUGAUGGGCUGUUCCAACCCUCACCCCCACUGCCAGAUUUGGGCCAGCAGUUUCCUCCCGAAUGAGGCCCAGCUAGAAGAGCGGACCCAACGGGAGUACCUGAGCCAGCACGGCGUGCCCAUGCUGCUGGAGUACGCUGAGCAGGAGGCUUGCAGGAAGGAGCGGCUGGUGGUGGAGAAUGCGGACUGGCUGGUCGUGGUGCCCUACUGGGCCACAUGGCCUUUCCAGACCCUGCUGCUGCCCCGCCGUCACGUCUGCCGCCUGCAGGACCUCAGCGAGGGCGAGAGGGACAGCCUGGCAUCCAUCAUGCAGAGGCUUCUCAUCAAAUAUGACAACCUCUUUGAAGUCUCCUUCCCCUACUCAAUGGGCUGGCAUGGAGCCCCCACGGGCCCUCACCUGGAGGAGGACUGUGGGCACUGGCAGCUGCACGCCCACUAUUACCCACCCCUGCUCCGCUCCGCCACCAUCCGCAAGUUCAUGGUCGGCUACGAGAUGCUCGCUCAGGCACAGAGAGACCUCACACCGGAGCAGGCUGCUGAGCGCCUGAGGAACCUCCCCGAGGUGCACUACAAGCAGAGGCCCAAGGAGACGUCGUGACCGGGAGCAGUGCAGUUGGCCCUUGGCUUUGCUUGGUGGGGCCAAGGAGAGGAGGCACUGGGUGGCGGGGGAGAGCUAGGCUGAGGCCUGUCUCAUGUCACUUGUGAGCCCUCUCGUUUCCUUGCCAAGGUGCCUUCUCCUGAGCCCUGUCACAGCUGGGCUUGGGUUUUGGGCCAGUUGUGCCUGCUGGUGUACAGGUAACCUAGGCCCUAAUCCUGCUGCAUCCGUGUGCAGGUGAUACCAUUCCCACUGUCUCCUUCCUCAUUCCAGGUUGCGUCUUCCUGCCUCCACAGAGUGCCCUUAUCAGCGCUAAAAGGCUUGCCCUCCUUCCAAACCAGCCUCUUUUUGGUCAAGCUGGGAUGAUGCUGGUGGGUUUGCCUGCCCCGUGGAGGGACACAGCCUCUCUGUCCAAUAAAACCCAUAAGCAAAGCA